AUUAGAGAAAAAAAAAAAAACAAUAAGAAAUGGAUUCUCUUUCUUCAAAACCCAAUCACGUUCGAUCAAUCAGUUUGCCCGGGAGAUCACACCCUACCACCCAGAGAGUUGAAGAGGAGCUCAACAAGCUCAAAUCAUUGGAAGUAUCAGCUGCACCAGCAGCUGUGAGCAAUGGUUUAAUCGGUUUAGAGAAAUUGUACAAGUGCAUAGAUGAUCUUCUCAACUUGCCUCAAAUACUUCAAGCCCUCUCUCAGAGUCUAAAUGCAAAAUGGCUUGAUGAUUUAUUGGAUAAAUCAGUGAGGCUUCUUGAUCUUUGUGGCACAGUAAGGGAACUCGUCUCACAAUGUAAAGAAAAUGUAAGAGAUUUACAAUCAUCUCUUAGAAGGAGAAAAGGAGAUUCAACUACAGAUGACAGCGUUGAAAGAUUUACCUCUUUCAGCAAGAAGAUCAAGAGGGAUGCCAAAAGAUCUGUCUCGACUUUGAAACAAAUGGAUCAAGAGACUGCAGUAUUGGUCUUGCUAGAUGCAGAUCAAGAUACAGUAGCUGUGAUUAGAGCACUAAAAGAAGCUAAUGCAGUAUGCCUUUCAACUUUCCAAAUGCUAUUAACCUUCUUGUGUGUACCCCUUUUGAAGCCUAAGCCAUCAAAGUGGUCUUUGCUUUCAAGAUUGGUGCAAAAAGAAAGAAUAGCAUCUGAAUACCACGAAGAAAACAUGAGCUUUGAAACAAGGCUGGAAACUUUCAAGGCUUACCUUGACAGCUUUGAAGAUGGAUUGGAAGCAACAUUUAGGUGUCUCAUUAGAUCUAGAAGCUCGCUCCUCAAUAUUUCCUCCUCCUAAUCUGUCAGUUCUUAUUCCAAACACUGUAAAUUGUAUAUAAACAGUUUUGUAGUUAUGCUAGAAAUACACAAAUCUCAAGUGAAUGAAUAUACACCAAUUUAAUAUCUCUCUCUAUGCGUGUACUUUCAUCAAUAGCCCAAAAUAUUCGUCGAAAUGGCUCUCUUAAAACUGGGGGGCUUGAAAUAGAUAAAACUCAUUGCCCGUCAGUUACACACUUACGCCACAUAAUUGGUUUUGUUAAUCAAACCAAGGAAGCCUCUCGUGUAAAGCCAGAUGACAUG